AUGUAUACAGUAUAAGUGAAUUUCUAUAUACAAAGAUAUUCGAUCGGUACCUGCUAUACGGUAUCGAAUUAUCGAACUUUGUCGAGAUCGACACUCGCAGGUUCAUUGAUAGAUCGUUUCAGAUUCAAGAGACAAUUUAUUAUUGUUCGUUUUCUUUCUUUGCUUUUCGUAGAAUUGAAAUUUCAAACACUAUAUAAUUAAUCAUAUGUUAUUAGUUUUUGAAAUGAGUCCCGGUUGGCAGAUGAGAUUAAUUUAAUGCGGUGACAUAGAGAUUUUGUGUAAAAAAAUAAAAAAAAUAAAUACGAUGUUUCGUUUCUAACGAAAUUAUAAUCAAAACAAUUUUAGAAUUGAUUUUGUGUAUUAACUCGAGAUAUUGCUAGUAAUUAACCUUCUCUUAAAAUAGACCAUUAUGUAUUUAUUCAUUUUUGUCAGUACAGUUACUCAAUAAUAAUGAAUUAUGAUACGUUUAUAUUUUAAUUUUAAAUUGAAGUUCUUUUUUAAGUCUGAUCUGAAUUUAAAACCUGAUCUAUACUAAUUUUAGCUUUAUUCAUCAUCGAUAUAUAUGUAUAUGUAUUUUUUGAUUUAUAAUUUUGCAACACAUAAAUAUAUCAAUGUCAAGUAUAAUAUUUGAAUAUUUGAAUAAUAAAUUUAACACGUUUAUUUAAGUAUACGUACAGGACACUGCUGACAAUAUUGUAUCAUACGUAAUAUAAUAAUAAGCCGACAGAAUAUGAUUUUUAUAGAUUCUUUAUAAAGAUUCUUUAUAAAGAGAUAGAUUCUUUUAUAGAUUCUUUUAUAGAUUCUUUAUAAAGAGAUAAAAGAUGUAAAAUAAAAUUUUUCAUCCGAAUCUUUUUUGAAAUUUUUUUCACUACUAAUUAUUUUAUAAUUUUUAGUCAACGAAAUAUUUAUGGUAAUCUGAUUAUUAUCACUGUUUAGAAAGAAAAUAAACGUAUUUCUCUGGUCGAAUCAUGUAAAAAUAAUUACAAUGGAAUUUAACCGUCUUAUAUUGUAUCAUUAAUAAUAAGAAAAGAAACUAACACCGAUAAGAUUGUAUAUAAUCACAACAUGUUUGAAUUCGAAACCAAGCUAACUAUAGUACGGUAAAACGAAGAACAUACGUAUAAGGCAUUCAUUAAUUCAUAAGCAUAAAGCAAUAUUAUUUCAUGUUGCAUAUAUCAAUAAUUUGUUGGUAAUUUUCUUUCAAGAAUCUUAUUAAAUUUAUGUUUUUGUAACGUAAUUUAAAUAAAAUAUUCAUGCCAUGCCGCAUUACAUUCACAAUAUCCACUACAUUUUUGUUUUAUACUUGAUUCACGUUGUUCGUAAUGAUAAACUUUUUUUAAAUUAUGUAAUUUUUUAAGUAAAAUUUAAUUUACUAUAACAUAUACAUACAUUUGUGUAUAUAAUAUUUAUGUACUAAUUGAGUAAUAAAUGAUGAAUAAAUUUUUAUUGUUUCAAAAUUUCUUCUUCUCCCCCUGUUUUUUAAUUCGUUAAUAAUUAUUUUUAUAUUUUGUAACUUUAAUAAUAUCUUAAAUCUUCUUGUUCCCAGAUAAAAAAUAUAAAAUUAUACGACAAUAUGUUAUCUACGGCAAAAACAUCGACGGAUAAAUCGGUUCAAGGUGAAUUGGUUCAUACCGAAUCAAAAGACACUUCGAUAAUUAUAAAAAAAUUAAUGCAUACCACAGCCGUUUCUCAUGAAAAUUUUCAAACUAAAAAUGAAAAGUUCGAAAUGAAAGUGGAACAAAAAGAUUUGAAAGAGACUGGGAAGCAAGAAACAGCCCAAACUAAAAAUGAAAAGUUCGAAAUGAAAGUGGAACAAAAAGAUUUGAAAGAAAUUGGGAAGCAAGAAACACCCCAACUGCUAAAUGAACAAUCGAAAGUUUCAAAGCCAGAACAGCAACAGAUGAAAUUUAAAACUGCAGAAUUGAAAAAUGUUGAAUUAAGAACGGAAAAGCUUAAAAAGGAAGACAAAGAAUUAAAAUGUAGUAUUAAUGUAAACCAAACCGAUAUACCAAAAUGUAAAAUGAUUCCCAUUGCUGAUAAAUUUGAUGUUCCAAAACCUUCAAAUGUUGCUGUUCCUCGAAAAUGCCCUCCACUUUCUACACCAUUAUUGAGUGAACGCCCACUUGUUUUAACAACACAUCUUGUACCUUCAUUACCGAUUAACUUAUUUGAAGUACUUGUAGAAGCGAUCGAAGUCGCUACUGAAAAACCUGUAGUGUUAUUACACGAACCUAGAAGUGAUAGACCAGUUGCAAAAGAAGUUGCAGACAUCGCUAUCUUACCAGCAAGUACAAAGUGGAAAGACGGUGUGCUUUUACCCGUGAGUUUUUGUUUCGAACAUCAUCUUAAUAAAAAUAAUUCAUCGUGUGUAUAUGCUGAUGUUGUUGUGGCUGCAGACCGCGCACUACAUGUACAAGAUAUCACAGAUCUUCGUGGUCAUAGAUGUUCUCUUCCAGAUCGAAAAAGAAACAUUGGCGCAGCAGCAUUGUUAUUUAACUAUUUAUACAUGAAAGGUGAAAGUCCAGCCUUUUUCGGCAAUACACUUGAUGCUGAUUCACAGGUUGCUACUUUACAAAUGGUUGCAGGAAAACAAGCUGAAGUUGGAGUUUUAGAAUCUCCUGUUAUUAAGUGUCAUAAAAACACACUACCAGGAAUCAAUUCGCUUCAUAUAUUAACAAGUUUAGGACCUUUGCCACCUUACCGCGUCAUGAUAAUAAGAAUGUAUCUCAUUUAUGCUAUAUGUUCCAUCAUAUUUCCAGAUGUUUUCAAACGAAAAAUUACAACUUACUUAUUAAACAUAAAUCAAGACAGGGAAUGGCUAGAUAGAUUCGCUCCUUUUGGUGUUACUGGAUUUACCAAAAAUUUUGAAAAAUUUUACAAGCUUGAUGGCGUAAAAUCUGUAGCUACAAGCGUACCAUACUAUUAA